ACAUCGACACAGUCAAGACACAGUCUUUAGAAUCAACACAACCUGACCAAAGGCGAAUUUAUACUUUUCUAUCAUAAAUUCACUGUAAUAUUACCAAUACCGUCUGAAUACCGUGCUGGUUGUAAGUAGGAGUCAUUUCAUCUCGAGUCAUCAGCGUUCGGUUACUUUCCGAUUUCCACAUUGUAUACCUUCCUUCCUAUCUUCCAUUGCAAUCAUGUCUCAGAAUUCAAUAACGACUUCGAUACAACCGACAGAAUUCGUUGAAGUGCCUAAUGCCAAUGUUGUUUCACAACCAAAAGAACCUCAACUAACGGACCAGACCAGAUUACUUCCUCCACGUCAAAUUAUUAUCGUCCUCUUCGCUCUCUCCCUAUGUAACCUUGUCACAACUUUGGACCAAGUUAUCAUCUCCGCCUCUCUUUCCACCGUCGCAUCGGCAUUCAACGCUGGCUCGGUUUCAGCCUGGAUCCCCGCUGCGUAUUUGAUGACUUCGACAGCCUUCCAACCUUUGUACGGCCGUCUUUCUGAUAUUUUUGGUCGAAAGGCUGCUAUUAUCUUGGCAAUGGGGAUAUAUAUAUUUGGCAAUUUAAUCGCAGGAUUUUCGAAGUCUAUGAUCCAGAUAAUAGUCUUCCGCGCGAUCGCGGGUGCAGGAGAUGGAGGUGCAACUAGUAUGGUUCAGAUAGUGGUCUCCGAUAUCGUCUCAUUGCGGGAUCGAGGAAAGUUCAUAGGAUAUGCCGGAGCUGUGACUGCUGCUGGGUAUACAGUUGGCCCCAUCAUAGGUGGUGCUCUCGCUCAGCACGUCAGUUGGCGUUGGGCUUUCUGGAUCACUCUUCCAGUGGCGUUGUUCGCAAGCAUAGCUAUAUUAUUUCUAUUGCCUCUGAAGCCCGUACAAGGAGACAUGCGCAGCAAAUUACUCAUGAUUGACUACGUAGGCGUAUUCUUAACUCUUGCGGCCUGUACGAUGAUCAUGCUUCCAUUGGUCUGGGGCGGUGUUACCUUCCCUUGGAAUUCAGCUGUUGUCCUAGGGCCUUUAAUUGCCGGGAUAGUCGCAGUUGGCAUGUUUUGUUUAUGGGAAUCCAAAGCAGCGAGGCUCCCGCUCGUUCCGAUGUAUAUCUUCAGGCACAUGACAGUCGUCGGCGUAUAUAUCUGCAUGUUUGUCAACGGAUUUGUAUACUUUUCUAUGCUAUUCUACCUCCCCCAAUUUUUUCAAGUCAUCUUAGGUUAUUCACCCACUCGUUCUGGUACAUUCAUCAUCCCAUUCCUCGUACCGGGAAUUUUCUCCGGAAUAGGCGCGGGAUUAUGGGUCAGCCGUACAGGAAAAUAUCGAUUCAUGAUUUACCUUGGCUUCGGAACAUUUGCUAUUGCGUGUGGUUGUAUAACCAUGUUUACUGCCCAGACGAGUCGAGUUGUCAUGGUUGUUCUCAUGGUUAUUGCAGGUCUUGGUGUAGGGGCGACAAUGCAAACAACAACUGUUGCUGCUCAAGCUAGUGUUGAGAGGAAGGACAUGGCUGUGGUUUCUGCAGUUAGGAAUUUCCUAAGGAUGCUUGGUGGUGCACUCGCUCUGCCUUCCUCCGCUGCUCUACUGAAUAACGCAAUGCGUGCAUCUAUGGAGCCCUUUUCCCUCUCUUCCGAUACUAUAUCGUCCAUAAUAAACAACCCGUCCUUACUCAAGCAAUCCUCCUAUCUCGCGCAAUUCGGAAUCUCGACCUCCCAAGCUGAUUAUAUCCUCGUUGAAGGAUACAACAAGGGUUUCAAAAAUAUCUUCAUCCUCAAUGCUGCGUUAACCACUCUCGCGUUUGUGGCUAGCGUUGUUCUGAUUGGACAUAAGGAGCUUUUGAGGGGAGAUGAGGAACAGUUGAAGAAGGAAGCGAAGGAGGCACUGAGGGAGAGGGCGGGGAAGGACGCAGUAGGUAUAGUAGAAGAUCAAUCUCUCAAGAUUGGUGCUCAGCCAGAGGAUAUUGAGAUGGGCUCUAUGGCUUCACCAUAGAGAUGAUACAUAGGUAUUUAGAGUGACAAGGGUGUUUAAAUCGACAAGUUGAAUUGUGUUUGAAGGAUGGCUAGAUUUCACUAAGUCAUGUCUUCGACUAAGGAUGGCAUGGCACUUUCCUGGUCCUCUUAGUGGUUACAUUGAUCGUGGCCACUACUGGCUUGUAGGAAUAGCACAAGCCCAGUGCCGGCCAUUCGUCGCCCAAAAGUGUCAUCCGCUUAGUUCCGGCCCAAACAUCGCCGAUGGCA